AUGCGUGUGACGCUGUUGAUUUCUCUCAAACGAGUUUUUAGAGUAAUGACAAGGGUUGUGGUUGACUCGCAGUGUGAACAACAAUCUGUGGGCUCUCUUGAGAAAUGUCAACAUCAAUUUUGCUUGGAGUGUAUCGUCCAGUGGUCCAAGACUUCCAACACUUGCCCUGUGGAUCGAACUGCUUUUACUGUGAUCCAGCAGAGAAGACGGAUUGGAGAAGCCGUUCGAAAGAAGAUCAAAGUGAAACUCCCAAAACAACUUGAAUAUGAAGUUGGCCUCAAUCAGCUCCCUGUGUUUCUGCCGUAUCAGUAUGAACCUCACAGUGACCCAGAAAGUCAAUUUUCUCACGAACCGGAGAGGGAAUCCAGACUUUCACAAGAUGCCUCUGUCUGGUGUAGAUGUGGACAUUGCCAGUGCAUCACAAAUCACCCUGGCUUUCAUUCCAACUGCCUGAAUGUGUACAUCCUUCAAAAUAUCUACAAUGUAUACAAAUCUAAAUAUGGAAGAAUCCACAGAAGAUUAAGAGAGGAACGGUAUCAAUUUGUGGCCCAGUGCAGCAUUGUAAGCUGGUGCUGGGGAGUCUUUGGAUCUCGGAUUAGAGUGGCGCUCCCAUCGUGUGCAGUUCUGAGAAUUCAGCAGGAGUUUCCAGAUCCUGCUGGCGGAAGUUUGACUAACCUUCCUUUGAAAGCAGACUGCUACUUGUUAUCCAAGCUGAAAGCGUGA